AAAUAAUCACAGAAGAGAUCAAGAGAGAUGGAGAGGACUUUGCUUCAAUGGAGAUUAUUGCCUCUUCUCGCUCUCAUCGCUGCUCUUUUCUCCGUCUUCUUCGCUUCUCCUCGCUCUUUACAGGGGAAUAAUAGGUGUAGUCUUCUUCCUCAUGAUCAUUACUGGAUCUCAAGUAAACGCAUCGUCACACCUGAUGGUCUCAUCUCUGGUUCUGUGGAGGUGAAGGGAGGAAUUAUUGUGUCGGUGGUGAAGGAAGUUGAUUGGCAUAAGAGCCAAAGGAGUCGAGUGAAAGUGAUUGACUAUGGAGAAGCUGUCAUCAUGCCUGGUCUCAUUGAUGUGCAUGUUCAUCUUGAUGAUCCUGGAAGAAGUGAAUGGGAAGGGUUUUCUUCUGGAACUAAGGCGGCUGCUGCUGGGGGAAUAACCACAUUGGUUGACAUGCCCUUAAACAGUUGUCCUUCAACUGUAUCUCCUGAAACUUUGAAACUCAAGAUUGAAGCUGCGGAAAACAGAAUACAUGUUGAUGUUGGUUUUUGGGGAGGUCUGGUGCCUGAUAAUGCACUCAACUCAAGCGCUCUUGAGUCUCUCUUAGAUGCUGGAGUUCUUGGUCUCAAGUCCUUUAUGUGUCCUUCAGGAAUCAACGAUUUUCCAAUGACAAACAUAACUCAUAUAAAGGAAGGACUAUCUGUAUUAGCUAAAUAUAGACGACCAUUGCUUGUACACGCAGAGGUUGAAAAAGACUUAGAGAUUGAAGAUGGCAAUGACAAUGAUCCUCGUUCUUAUCUUACUUAUUUAAAAACCAGGCCAACUUCAUGGGAGGAGGGAGCAAUCCGAAACUUAUUAUCGGUUACUGAAAACACAAGGAUUGGUGGUUCUGCAGAAGGAGCUCAUGUUCACAUUGUACAUUUAUCUGAUGCCAGUUCUUCCUUGGAUUUGAUAAAGGAAGCCAAAGGCAAAGGAGACAGUGUUACUGUUGAAACAUGCCCACAUUACCUAGCUUUCUCAGCCGAAGAGAUUCCAGAAGGUGAUACACGUUUCAAAUGCUCCCCACCUAUACGUGACGCAGCAAAUAGAGAAAAUUUGUGGGAAGCUAUGAUGGAAGGAGACAUUGAUAUGCUGAGCUCUGAUCAUUCACCUACAAAGCCUGAACUCAAACUACUGAGUGAUGGUAACUUCUUGAAAGCAUGGGGUGGGAUAUCAUCUUUACAGUUUGUUCUUCCAAUCACAUGGUCUUAUGGAAAAAAGUAUGGAGUGACGCUCGAGCAGGUAGCUUCUUGGUGGAGUGAUAGGCCUUCUAAACUCGCUGGACUACAUUCUAAGGGAGCGAUUGCGGUUGGAAAACACGCAGAUCUUGUUGUGUGGGAACCUGAAGCCGAAUUUGAUCUCGAUAAAGAUCAUCCAAUUCACUUCAAACACCCCAGUAUCUCAGCUUAUUUGGGAAGAAGAUUAUCAGGCAAAGUGGUUUCGACGUUUGUGAGAGGGAACUUGGUUUUUGGAGAAGGCAAGCAUGCUUCUGAUGCUUGUGGAUCUCUGCAACUUGCGACUUGAAACUAAAAAGGGAUUUAAAAGAUCUUAAUCCGCACCAUUGUAACAAAUGUAAAUAGGUGAUUAAAGAGUUGCUCUCAUGUUGCUAGAUGGUUGAUGCUGUAAAAUUAAGUAAUGAGUGAGUCAUUUUGCAAAUUGCAAGUUUAAGACUCUCUAAAGCUCGUUGUUGGCUUUAAUGUAAGUGGACUCAACAAAUUUGUUGUAAUGGU